AUGUCUUCUAAAUCUCGACUUGAAGCUAUCAGUGACCAUCUAGCACCUAGCUCUACAAUAGCUGUAGAGGAGCAGGCCGAAACACGGACUAUUUUUCCACCGCUAGAACUAGAAGACCACCCAUUGGACGAUGUGCGGCCAUUGAGAGUGGUGGUAGUGGGCGCAGGAAUCUCCGGUAUCACAGCGUCAGUCCUUCUCCCCGCUAAGGUGCCCAAAAUCGACUUGGUCAUCUACGAACGAGAAUCCGAUGUCGGCGGAGUAUGGCAUACCAACAUAUACCCGGGCGUUCGGUGCGAUGUACCUGCCCACGCUUACCAAGCUACAUUUGAGCCCUCUACAAGAUGGAGUACUGCAUAUGCUGCAGGCUCGGAGAUCAAGGAAUAUUGGAAAGGCAUUGUAGCAAGACACGGGGUGGACAAGUACAUCAAUUUAAACAGCAAAGUGACCAAGGCCGAAUGGUCGGAAGAAAAGGCCAAGUGGUUCGUCUCUGUUGUAUCGAAGGAUGGUACUCAUAUCGACGAGGCUGAUUUCCUUGUGACCGGAACUGGUCAUUUCUCUGACCCACGACUGCCGAUUUAUCCAGGCAUGGACGAGUUCCAGGGUUUGCUGCGACAUAGUUCAAACUGGGACCCGACUUUUGAUCCUGCUGGAAAGAGAAUUGCCGUGAUAGGGAAUGGUGCUUCUGGGUUGCAAGUCUUGCCGCCGCUUCAGAAGGUAGCGGCCCGAGUCGACCACUACGCACGCAACAAGACGUGGGUAGCAGCACCAAUCGGAGGAGAAAACCUUGAGCAAUUUGUUACCGAUCGUAUUGAAAAGGCUAGAAGUAGCCCGGAGGAAUACCUGAAAUUUCGCAAGGAGCUAGAGGCAGAGCUCUUUAGUCGGUUUGGAGGUAUUUUCAAAGGAGGUGAAAAGAACAACACUGCACGUGAGACCAUCACGAAACUGAUGUCGACUCGACUUGGGGACCGGCCAGAUUUGCUGAACGCAAUUAUCCCGGACUUUGCACCGAAUUGCCGCCGACUAACUCCAGGCCCUGGCUACCUUGAGGCGCUGACAGCUGAUAACGUCGAUUACGUGACGGUUCAGAUUGAGAAGUUCACCCGCACCGGUAUCCAGACUACGGAUGGGAUCCAUAGAGAGGUUGACGCCAUUAUUUGUAGUACAGGCCAUGACAUCAGCUUCAGUACCGCGUUCCCUGUGAUCGCCAACGGCGUCAACCUACAGACGGCGUGGCGACCUGGGGGCGAUCCAGGUUUUCCAGAUUCAUAUCUUAGUAUUGCAGCACCAGGUUUUCCAAACUUCCUUACCUUACUGGGCCCAAAUGCGACGGGGCCUGCGGGUACUUUGACUCAUUCGGUAGAGAAUCAGGUCACAUACUGUGCGCGCGUACUGAGGAAGGCGUCAAGUCAAAGAAUCCGAAGCAUGGCGCCCUCUGCAGCGGCGACACGAGACUUCCGCGCAUAUUGCGAGUCAUUCUUUCCCCGUACAGUAAUGAGCGAAUAUUGCAGCUCUUGGUACAAUGGUGGUAUUAAAGGCGGACGGAUACAUGGGAUAUGGCCGGGGAGUGGAGCUCAUGUGAAUGCAGUGCGUCGAGAUCCCCGGUGGGAAGAUUGGGAAUACACUUAUUUGAAUCCUCAGGGCAAUCGAUUUGCAUGGUUGGGCAACGGCUGGACCACUAAGGAUCUUGCGGCGGCGAGGGGGCAAAAGGAUCUUGAUGUUGAUUUAACUCCCUGGCUUCAAGCCGGAGCGCUCGAUGGAAAUGUCGACCUUCGUGGUUACCAUGAGCAGUGGUGGGCCUCAUGA